UCAGCAGAGCAGCUUUGCCAUUUGGGUUAGUCAGGCGAGAAUUAUCCUGUGAAGGUUACUCUAUAGACCUGCGAUGUCCCGGCAGUGAUGUCAUCAUGAUUGAGAGCGCGAACUACGGUCGAACAGAUGACAAGAUUUGCGAUGCUGACCCAUUUCAGAUGGAGAAUACAGACUGCUACCUCCCAGAUGCCUUCAAAAUUAUGACUCAGAGGUGCAACAAUCGAACACAGUGUAUAGUAGUUACUGGGUCAGAUGUAUUUCCUGAUCCGUGUCCUGGAACAUACAAAUACCUUGAAGUCCAGUAUGAAUGUGUCCCUUACAUUUUUGUGUGCCCUGGGACCUUGAAAGCAAUUGUGGACUCGCCAUGUAUAUAUGAAGCUGAACAAAAGGCAGGUGCUUGGUGCAAGGACCCUCUCCAGGCUGCAGAUAAAAUUUAUUUCAUGCCCUGGACUCCCUAUCGUACUGAUACUUUAAUAGAAUAUGCUUCUUUAGAAGAUUUCCAAAAUAGUCGCCAAACGACAACAUAUAAACUUCCUAAUCGAGUAGAUGGUACUGGAUUUGUGGUAUAUGAUGGUGCUGUCUUCUUUAACAAAGAAAGAACAAGGAAUAUUGUGAAAUUCGACUUGAGGACUAGAAUUAAGAGUGGCGAGGCCAUCAUUAACUACGCCAACUACCAUGACACCUCGCCGUACCGAUGGGGAGGAAAGACUGAUAUCGACCUCGCAGUUGAUGAAAAUGGCUUGUGGGUCAUUUAUGCCACUGAACAGAACAACGGAAUGAUCGUUAUUAGCCAGCUGAAUCCAUACACCCUUCGAUUCGAAGCAACGUGGGAGACUGUGUAUGACAAACGUGCUGCAUCAAAUGCUUUUAUGAUAUGCGGUGUCCUCUAUGUGGUCAGGUCAGUUUAUCAAGACAAUGAAAGUGAAACGGGCAAGAACGCGAUUGAUUACAUUUACAAUACCAGAUUAAACCGGGGAGAGUAUGUGGACGUUCCCUUUCCCAACCAGUACCAGUACAUUGCUGCAGUGGAUUACAAUCCAAGAGAUAACCAACUCUACGUGUGGAACAAUAACUUCAUUUUACGAUACUCUCUGGAGUUUGGUCCUCCUGAUCCUGCCCAAGUGCCUACCACAGCUGUGACAAUAACUUCUUCAGCUGAGCUGUUCAGAACCACGGCAUCAACCACAAGCACCGCUUCACAGAAAGGACCUGUGAGCACCACGGUAGCUGGCUCACAGGAAGGCAGCAGAGGCACGAAACCACCUCCAGCGGUUUCCACCACCAGAACUGCGCCUGUAACAAAUAUUUUUCCCCUGCCAGAGAGAUUCUGCGAAGCAUUAGAAUCCAGGGGCAUAAAGUGGCCUCAGACGCAAAGGGGGAUGAUGGUUGAACGACCGUGUCCCAAGGGAACAAGAGGAACUGCCUCAUAUCUCUGCAUGGUUUCCACUGGAACAUGGAACCCGAAGGGCCCUGAUCUUAGCAACUGUACCUCACAUUGGGUGAAUCAGCUGGCUCAGAAGAUCAGAAGUGGAGAAAAUGCUGCUAGUCUUGCCAAUGAACUGGCUAAACAUACCAAAGGGCCAGUGUUUGCUGGGGAUGUGAGUUCUUCCGUGAGGUUGAUGGAGCAGUUGGUGGACAUCCUUGAUGCACAGCUGCAGGAACUGAAACCUAGUGAAAAGGAUUCAGCUGGACGGAGUUAUAACAAGGCAAUUGUUGACACAGUGGACAACCUUCUGAGACCUGAAGCUUUGGAAUCAUGGAAACACAUGAAUUCCUCUGAACAAGCCCAUACCGCCACAAUGUUACUCGAUACGUUGGAAGAGGGAGCUUUUGUCCUAGCUGACAAUCUCUUGGAACCAACAAGGGUCUCAAUGCCCACAGAUAAUAUUGUCCUGGAAGUUGCAGUCCUCAGUACAGAAGGACAGAUCCAAGACUUUAAAUUUCCUCUGGGCAUCAAAGGAGCAGGCAGUUCAAUCCAGCUCUCUGCAAAUACUGUCAAACAGAAUAGCAGGAAUGGACUUGCAAAGUUGGUGUUUAUCAUUUACCGCAGUCUGGGACAGUUCCUUAGCACAGAAAAUGCAACUAUCAAGCUGGGUGCUGACUUUAUAGGUCGUAAUAGCACCAUUGCAGUGAAUUCUCACGUCAUUUCAGUUUCAAUCAAUAAAGAGUCCAGCCGAGUAUACCUGACGGAUCCUGUGCUUUUUACCCUGCCACACAUUGAUCCUGACAAUUAUUUCAAUGCAAACUGCUCCUUCUGGAACUACUCAGAGAGAACUAUGAUGGGAUAUUGGUCUACCCAGGGCUGCAAGCUGGUUGACACUAAUAAAACUCGUACAACGUGUGCAUGCAGCCACCUAACCAAUUUUGCAAUUCUCAUGGCCCACAGGGAAAUUGCAUAUAAAGAUGGAGUUCACGAACUACUCCUCACAGUCAUCACCUGGGUGGGAAUUGUCGUUUCCCUUGUUUGUCUGGGCAUCUGCAUCUUCACCUUCUGCUUUUUCCGGGGUCUGCAGAGUGACCGAAAUACUAUUCACAAGAACCUUUGCAUCAACCUGUUUAUUGCUGAAUUUAUUUUCCUAAUAGGCAUUGAUAAGACAAAAUACACGAUUGCAUGCCCAAUAUUUGCAGGACUUCUACACUUUUUCUUUUUGGCAGCAUUUGCUUGGAUGUGUCUAGAAGGUGUGCAGCUCUAUUUAAUGUUAGUUGAAGUUUUUGAAAGUGAAUAUUCAAGGAAAAAAUAUUACUAUGUUGCUGGUUACUUGUUUCCUGCCACAGUGGUUGGAGUUUCAGCUGCUAUUGACUAUAAGAGCUAUGGAACAGAAAAAGCUUGCUGGCUUCACGUUGAUAACUAUUUUAUAUGGAGUUUCAUUGGACCUGUUACCUUCAUUAUUCUGCUAAAUAUUAUCUUCUUGGUGAUCACACUGUGCAAAAUGGUGAAACACUCAAACACUUUGAAACCAGAUUCUAGCAGGUUGGAAAACAUUAAGUCUUGGGUGCUUGGCGCUUUCGCUCUUCUGUGUCUACUUGGCCUGACCUGGUCAUUUGGGUUGCUUUUUGUAAAUGAGGAGACUAUUGUGAUGGCAUAUCUCUUCACCAUCUUUAAUGCUUUCCAGGGAGUGUUCAUUUUCAUCUUCCACUGUGCUCUCCAGAAGAAAGUACGAAAAGAAUAUGGCAAGUGCUUCCGACACUCUUACUGCUGUGGCGGCCUCCCCACCGAGAGCCCCCACAGCUCCGUGAAGGCAUCCAGCACCAGGACCAGCGCUCGGUAUUCCUCUGGCACACAGAGUCGUAUAAGAAGGAUGUGGAAUGACACUGUGAGAAAGCAAUCUGAAUCUUCCUUUAUCUCAGGUGACAUCAAUAGCACUUCAACACUAAAUCAAGGACAUUCACUGAGCAGUGCCAGGGAUACAAGUGCCAUGGAUACUCUACCGCUAAAUGGUAAUUUCAACAACAGCUACUCGCUGCGCAAGGGGGACUACGACGACGGCCUGCAGGUCGUGGACUGCGGCCUCGGGCUGGACGACGCCGCCUUCGAGAAGAUGAUCAUCUCGGAGCUGGUGCACAGCAACCUCCGGGGCGGCGGCGGCAAGACUCACCACCUCGAGCUCAGCCUCCCCGUCCAGCCGGCGGUGGGAGGCAGCAGCAGCGAGGACGAUGCCAUCGUGGCGGACGCGUCCUCCUUCGUGCACGGCGACCACCCCGGGCUGGAGCUGCACCACCAAGAGCUCGAGGCGCCGCUCAUUCCCCAGCGGACUCACUCCCUUCUGUACCAGCCCCAGAAGAAAGUGCAGCCCGAGGGGACGGACAGCUAUGUCUCCCAGCUGACCGCCGAGGCCGAGGACGCCCUGCCGUCCCCCAACAGAGACUCGCUGUACACGAGCAUGCCCAACCUCAGAGACUCUCCCUACCAGGAGAGCAGCCCCGACCUGGAAGAAGACCUCUCGCCUUCCAGGCGGAGCGAGAACGAGGACGUCUACUACAAAAGCAUGCCCAACCUCGGGGCUGGCCAUCAGCUCCAGAUGUGCUACCAGAUCAGCCGAGGCAACAGCGACGGCUACAUCAUCCCCAUCAACAAAGAAGGGUGUAUCCCGGAGGGAGACGUCAGGGAGGGACAGAUGCAGCUGGUCACUAGUCUCUAAUAGACGGCCCGGUCAUCCCAAGGGCCCCGGGCGGCUGCCCGGGCAGGGAGGACUCCCUCCGCCCGAGGCCGCGCCCUGGGAGCCGGCCAAAGAGACGGGCCCUGCUGACCUGUGGCUCUCCCGUGUAAAAAAGAGGACUGAACCUCGCCGUUCUGUGAAUUUUUAUAAAACCUGCAGAAACUUUGUAUAUACACAGAGUAUACUAAAAUGAAUUAUUUGUUACAAAAGAAAAGAGAUGCCAACCAGGUAUUUUAAGAUUCUGCUGCUGUUUAGAGAAAUUGCGGAGCAGGCGAAACUUUCCAGCCCUUUGGCGGCAGCAGUCUGUGAAGUAGAUCUGUAAAUAUGGGCUGCACCAUGUUUUGUAGGCCUACAUUGUAUUAUAUACAAGACGUAGGCUUUAAAAUCCUGUGGGACAACUUUACUGUACCGUACUGUUCCUGACGAGACUUGGAAAAGCAGGAGAGAGAUUCUGCGUUCGUUUGCAGUUCCCUGCAAACCUUUUACGUUAAGGCAAAGAUCGAAAACCUGUCUAACCACUAGCAAUCAAGCCACAGGCCUUACUUCCUAUGUUCCUCAAUGUACAAUGAACUCUUCUCCAGAGAAAAUGGCUAAAGAAAUUCUAUUUUGUUCUAUUGCUAGGGUAAAAUAAAUACAUUUGUGUCCAACUGAAA